AUGGGAGGUCCUACUCAGGUGCUUGAAUCUUAUUGGUCGAUGCAGUUCUCUAAAAAACACCAAUACCUGAAUCAGUUUGAUUUUGUUUUUCGCAUUCACAGAAUCACCGGGGAGCUUAAGGAGCGAAUGAGUUCAACACACGGGGAGGACACAGUGUCAGAAGACAUCGGCGUCCAUCAGCUGGAGCGUUUAGUGGAGCUGCUGACGCCAAGGGAGUGCGAGGACCUGCUGUUCGCUCUCUCUCACCCGGAGGAGAAUAUUUUUGAGCACCUAGAAAACCUCUCGCCAGAAAAAAACAAACUAGACGUCAAACCUCGAGCCAAGAGAGACAUCUCCUCUACUGAGGAUAGCGAGGCUCAGUGCCGGACAGCUCUGACAGACUGGCUGCUGAGGUAUGGAGAGCAGACCUACUACGACAGGCUUUCUCGCGCCUUGCAGCACAUCGGCAGAACAGACGUCGCAAUCGAAGUGGGGAAGAACAUCAACCAGGACAAAGUUUUGAGCCUUAAACGCUUUGUUGAAGACUAUCACAAAUACGUCAGCUCUUUAAACGUCCCACCUGUACAAUCAGAAACAAAGGAUGGAAGGCCUGAAGGCCAGAGGGUCAAGAAGAGAACGGUGAGGGAUCUGUCAUGGCGUGACCUGGAUCUGAUUGUGGAGCGGGCUCCUGUGCCCCUGUACCAGAGAGGACCUCUGGAUGUAGCCCUGCCGCUCUUGUAUGGCCUCCUGCUGGGCUUUGGUGGAACCUUGCUGACUGGCGUCGCUGUACUUUUUAUGAUGAUCCAGAUCUCCAGGAGAAACCAAACCAGCUGUGAACACAGGGUCACCAGCAGCUCCAGCAGAGAGCUCUUGGUUGGGGAUAUAAUCUUGGAUGAUGGGAGCUUCUUGGAGGACACAAGGGGCAGUUUUGAGGUUUGAAUUGUCUAAA